AUGUUUAGCUGGAGGGAGAACAAGUUUUGUGCCGAAAGCUCAAUGAAAGAUCUCAUUGACGAGACGUCGUGGGAACCUCGGAGAAUCCAAAAGAGUGAUCAGAAGUUUAAAAAAACAACAGAUGAAGUUUUAACGAAACGAGAGUCACAUGUAAAGUUAGUACAAAGUACAAGGGGGAAAAAGCGCACUCCGCCACUCUGUGGAGUGCCGGAGUGCCCGGAGUGGCUUGGAGUGGCUCGGAGUGGCUCGGAGUGGCUCGGAGUGGCUUGGAGUGGCUCGGAGUGGCUUGGAGUGACUCGGAUACAAAUAAUAAUUAUGACGACAACUAAUAUUGAACAAUAUGAUUCUAAUAAUUAUCGAGCAUCUUCAUCUUCCGUAGGAAGAACAGAAAAACGUCGUAGUCUAAGUGGAAAACUUCGAAAUUUAUUUAAAACAUCACAAUCGGAUGUACAUGUUGAUAAUACAUCAUCGUCUCUUAAUAAAAAACGAAAACAUCCACCACCAUUACCACCAUCAACAACACACAAUAUUGAUCCUGUUGAUGCACCACAAUUACAGGUGCCAACAGUUAAUUGGCCAUUUAAAAAUGGUAAUAAUAAGAAAGAUACAAAAACAAAAAAACGAACGAAACAGCAACAACAACAACAACAACAACAACAAAAUACUAUUGAAAUAUCCUAUCCAUUUAAUGCUGAACAUGAUAAACAAAUUCCACAAAUUGCAUUUAGCGGCAAUAAUUCAUCACCAAAAAUUCGUGGACAAAAUUUUGUACAAAGUAGUCCAGAUUUACAAACAAGAAUAUUGGAUAGUAGUAAUACGACAAAUAUCUUCAGGGGCUAUAUGGAAAUUGAUUCACCAAAUACUACACAAAAUAAGUUAACCCUUCCCGAUGUUGAAGUUAUUACACCACCAAUUGAUUCACAUUAUCGUCAACCAAGACUUACAGAUUAUGAUAUAUCACGAUCAUCACGAGAAGCAGCAAAAACGUACAGUUCAGAUAGUUCAAUUUAUCGAACAAAUGCUGAAUCUCAAAAACUUUAUUCAUAUGAUACAACGAUUCGUCCUGUCGAAAGAAUAUCUCGUGUCGAUAAACAAUCACCACUGAUUCGCGGAUCACCCAUGCGAGUAGAUACUGAUUCUGUUAAAUAUCAUGAUAUUAGUCAACAACUAGCGUCAGAAUAUGAUGGACGUACAUCGACGUCGAGUGGUGGCAUCACAUUCAAAAGGCCAACAAGAUCUUCUCCAGUCUUGAUGCCCGAUGUUGAAGUUAUACCGUCACCGCUAACCACAUCUAGAGCAUCAAGUGAAAAAAGAAAAGUGAUUAAAAAUAAUCGUGAGCCACCACAACAAAUCGACUAUGUCAGAACCGUGCCGAAUGAUCCGGUAUACAACAGAGGCUAUGGCACGGGCACUAUAGUGGCAGAAAAACCUGCUCAGUGGAAAGGUGUUGAUGCUAUUGUUGAUCAAUCACGUAAACGUAGUAAUUUGGAACUGAAAUCAACAUCGUCUCCUGCCGGGGUUUAUGUACCCAAAUUAAUACCACCAAAAAUUGCACUUGGCCGACAGAAAAAUGAAAAACGAAGUAAAUCAAGUACUACAAGAGAUAAAAAGCCGUCAAUGACUACGAUACAAAAUCUAGUCAAUAGAAGCAUUAAUCCAUCUAUCUACUCAUCAUUACCCGAUGCAGAAAUUCUGUCAAGUAUUGAAAAUAAUCACCGACCGAAAUACACAGGAUCAAAAUACAUUCCAGAUACAAGAUCCCAGAUUGUAAAUGGUCGUUAUAAAGGUCUCGAAGCAAUAGUUCAACAUCAUUUUCAUCGUGCUCUUCUGCCAGCUCCAAAAGAGUCAAAACCGUACGAGACAGCAGUCAAUCGUUAUGAUAUUAUGACCACUAGUCCAUCCCCAAAAAUAAGUAAAAUAACGCAUUCACCUCAACGAUUUACCACAUCGACUGAAUCAUUAGAUGAAUCACAAUAUCAACCUGGUAUUCAAACGUCACCGUCAUUCGUACAACCUGAUAUUAGUGUUAUUCGAGUAGGAAUUAAAGAUUUAGGUGGCAAAUCGGCUCAAGAUAUAGUCUAUUACACAGAUGACAAUAUUAAAAAACCAAAACAAGAAACGAGUUAUUCACCGGAAACAUAUAGAACAACAAAAGUUAUCGAUGUAAAAGAUAAACAUGUAUAUCAAUACGAUGACGAAGAUGACUAUACGAGACAUCCUUAUACAUAUCAUCAUCAACGACCGUGGGACACAAAAAUAAGAAAAUCAUCUGAUAGUGAUAAAAGUGAGAACAGCCCAAGACCGUAUGAAACGGAUGUAACAGAUGAUAUUAAUAUAUACAGAAAGCCCUAUGUCAGCGUAAAUAUUGAAUUGACAAAUGGUCGAAAUGAUAUAAUAGCACGUGUACCAGAUACCGACUAUCAAGAUGGCCGCUAUGGAACUAUUCAUCAGCAAUAUACAGACGAUGCUGUUCAAAUUAAAGAUCAUUAUAGUCCUACACAACCAGAAGAAGAAGAUGAAAAAGUUUAUAGUGAACGUUAUGAAGUGACAUAUGAAUUUGAUCAAGAUCGGUUACAUCGUAAUGAACUAAAUAGAAAAGAGAAUGAUGAUUACAAUCGCCCAUUAGUAACAGACUUCUACAAUAAGCCAAAUGAUAAUUAUAAUAUAUAUAGUGCCUCUUCGAAUGCUUCAAAUGUCUUACAAUCGUUAGACGCUAAUUCUAAUGUUAACGAGGAUAAAUAUCGACAGCAUGAAAGAGAGAAUUUAUCUCCUGCACGAUUAAAUCAACCGCGACAUUAUAGAUUAAAACGUACACGAUCAUAUGACGGUCUUGGUAUUUAUAUAUCAGCCGAUUCUCAAACGCAACGAAAUCAUGUUAUUAGGGAUGUUGAACCAACAUCACCAGGCGACAGAGCUGGACUGAAAAAAAAUGAUCGUAUUAUUAGUGUUAAUGGUGUACCGGUGGAAAACGUUGACUUUAAUGAUGUUCUUUUAUUAAUUAAACAGGGUCUACAAGAUGAUAAUUUACAAUUUUCUGUUGUUAAUACAAAUACUGAAUUAUCAUCCUAG